AUUGAUCAGGACAUUCUAGGUCUUUGUGAAAACCGUCUUGUUCUUUUUGACAACAAGACUAAGGAUGAAACCAAGAGAGUGAAACAAGUUCAGGAUCUUCUCUCACUCGUGAACAUGGUCAUGAAGCAGAACGGAGGGCAACCAUAUACUGAUGAGUUGUUUGCAGAGCUGAAGGUGAAGUCUUUACUUUCUUUUACAGUCGAGUCAAAGAUGAAGGAGACGACUGCCAGGCUUGAGCAGCAGUUAGCAGAGGAGCAGGCGGCGAGGCUGAAGGCAGAAGAGAUGGAACAAUUAACUCAAAUGAAAUUAAACGAUGAAAUUCUGAAGCUCCGAGAGAAUCUUGAAAGAGCACAGAAAGAGACAGAGGAGCUCCGCAAGCAAGCUGCUCGCUGCACCAUCCUCUGACUUAAGCCAUUGUCAUAACACUGAGAUAAUGACUCUCUUUUGCUAAGAAUUUAAAUCUUUUAAAGUUGGCGUAAUUAUUUAAAUCAUUCCUCUGUCAAUAUUCAAGUGUUAAGAGAUUUCAACACUGGUUUUAUUGUUA